UCUUUCAGAAAAUUGACUCUUUUUCAAACAACAGUUUUUUGCCUUCAACUUUCAGAUUUCUUGCCUCCAAACAUCUAAAACACUGCUCCCACAAUUCCAUAUGAGAAAGCCGGAAAAACACUUGUCAUACGGCUGGCUCGCAUAUAUGAGAAUUAUAUAAAUAGAUUUUUUAUUUUGAGAUUUAAACAGGUCUCUAAGAUCUAAAGUUACGCAAAAACAGGCAGAAUGAGUCUCGAAAGAAAACUAAAUCUAGGAUAAAGCGACUUGUUAAUUUUAUAGAUAUUUCAGAAAUGGUCAAUAAUCCCCCCAGACUAUUUCAAGAUUCACUAUGGAAAAAUUUAAAUAUUAAAAUCUCAAAGCUGCAGGAAUUUUUUCAACAUAAAACUGGCCUUACUCGAUUGGUUCAAAAAGCCAGAGGGUACCUUAAGAACAAAUAUAAGCUAGGCUAGGUCAAUCUAAAUUGGUUUUUUUUUUAAUGUUAAAAGGAUGAGUGUGGGUCGGGUUCCCCAAGCGAGGGAUGUAGAAAGUGGUGCUUUUAGUUCAAAAUUCUUUUCAGCCUUCCCUCAACCUAUCUUAAUUGCCACAUGCUUAAUAUGUUCUUGGGCCAACAAGCCGAAGGUCCAAUAGCCGAAAAUAAGAUAGCCAUUCCACAAAGUUGAAAAUUUUUUAAUGUAAAAUUAUUUUAUAUGAAAAGGGUUGUUAUGAACAUAAAAGAUUGUCACUGUUGUUAUGCAAUUGUUAUGUUAGCUUAAGUUAUUCUGAUCCAUUUUCGGCUUCAGGAUGCGGCUGUUUGUUGAAUAUUUUUGGAAGUUACUUGCUGAUUUAAUAAACUUCUGAGAAAAUUGAUUUAGUGGAGUGAACUCUCUUCUUGUUGUUAUCCUUGAUUAGUAAAAAUAGCUGCAAGCUGGGGUCACCUGCUUGUUGGAACUAACCCUAUUUGUGAUUCAACAAAAUUUUUGGCAAAUUUUGGAAGUUUUCCAUAUCAACUUAAUAUAAUAUACCAUUUUAGAAUAUACCUUCCAUAUACCUCUAAAUAUAUAUUUACCAAAGUUACGAUUAAUUUACUUCACAGAGACGUUGGCGAAAGAAAAAAAACAUUUAUAUCAAAUCUUUAUCCAUUAUAAAUUGAAUUAUGGACGCAAACGGAAGUUAUGAGAGCUUGUGAUCUUGUGUUUUUCUUAUUGUUGUCAAUUCCACUUACUCAUUGUAGGGAAAAGGAAAACAACCCUUCUAAUGCUUACUCGCUCUUUCCUCCUGAUUAUCAACAGAGCCGAAGACCAAACGUGUUCACUGACGCGAAUUACACUACUCUGUGCUUUGCGGUUGAGAUGAGACGGAAGAUGUUGAUGUACCUGAUCACAAUGUACCUUCCCUCCAUGGCCCUGGUGGUGCUCAGCUGGAUCUCCUUCUGGAUAGAGAAGAGUGCGGUGCCUGCCAGAGCGGGACUCACAAUCACUACCGUCCUCGCCCAGAUCACCCUCAUCACUGGAACUGCUAACAAGUUCCCUUCAAUAGCCGACCUGAAAUUAGGGGAUAUCUAUAUGAUAGUCAACUUCUUCUUCGUGUUCGGAGCUCUGAUCGAGUUCGCAAUGGUCAAUACCGGACGACCUCCAAAAACCAUCGCCCCGAAAAGCAGCAUUCAGAAACAACAGUACCAAAACGUCCCUGUUUCCGACGCAGCCGAACAAUCACCAGAUUGCAAGAGUGAAAAUAAACCAGAUAGCACUGAAAUCCGAAUGCCAACUAAGCCGAAAGUCAACUGGUACGACAUUGACUCCAUGUCUAAGAAAGCGUUCCCGUCUCUAUUCCUCAUUUGGAAUGUACUGUACUUCGGAAUUGGAAUGAGUUUGAGUUUGUCACACUGAGCACGAAAAAAUCAUUGACUAUUUAUUCAGUACAAAACAGUUAUCAUUUUUUCUUUAAUGCAGCAAAAAUUAGCAGCAAUGUAAACAAUAUUCUUUAAUCAGUUUGUCAAAAAAACGUAUCAAAAAGUAUCCCCAUUUUGUUUGACGACAAAAAUUUUGUCAGAUUUAAAAAAAAUCGGUUAUGUAAAAUAAUUAAUGCAUCUUUCAGUUUUCUUUGAGUUGCGUUGUAAAAUGCCGCUGCCAUGAUAUUCCUCUAAUUUGUAUUUAAAUGUGAUCAUUCAGUAAAUGUAUAUUUUUAUCAGU